CCGUAGAGGGGGCUCAUACAAAAUAAAAAUAAAAUUAUCCCUGUAUGUACCGAACGUGAAUGAACAUUCAUUUUGUCUGUAAACUUUCUAAAAUGGAAUCAGCGAAAGAUAUAGCCGAAGCAAAUAAGGCGUCAAAUCUCCAAUCAACUAUUGUCUCAGAGGGAGUAAAGUAUUUAUGUUUUACUACGACAACGCAGUCUGAUUGGGUUUUUCAUGUAACAAAUGGUAUUGAAUUAUGGCAACAAAACUUUGAUCUAUCUAAACUUGGCUCACAUAGAGAUGAUUCAGGGUUUUCUAACUACGAAGAAUAUUUUAGCCAACUGAAAGCAGCCUAUGAUUUGAAUAAAUUGACAGUAACUAAGCAACAACCAGAGGUUGUCCUAGUAACGAUAGGAAAUGGAACAAAAUGCCUAUGCUACGAAUUAACCGAAGCUACUGUAAGCAAACGAAAGUCUGAUUUGCGGGACAUUUUAUUUUACUUAGCAGCUGGAAUGGAGAAAUUGGAGCAAGAAAUUACAGAUUUGAAAAAGGAAAGAGAGAAAAUGAAGAAACAAGGCUACUCCUCCAAAAUAUUCCCAGAUGGGAGUGGAUACCAAGUUCCAGAUUUGGAUACAAAACGAGUAGCACCUCUGAAUAAACCUCCAAAGGAUCCAGGCAGAAGUCUUGUUAACCCCAAUAGUAAACGGAGGAAAUUGCCAAAAGGUGUUGAAUUUGAUUAGUUGAGAAUUUCAGUGAAAGAGGGUUAGUAUGGUUGAUGCAGACAAGGGGGUAACACUUUCAAAUCAAUUGUAUUAUAAAUUCCCAUUUUAUAGAAUACUUAUAUAAUAUUUUUGAAUUGAAUGUAUGAACAUGAAGAAAAAUCAUAGUGUAACUUCAUUUUGAUGUGUAUGACGGAAGUGAAGCAAAAGCAAUGUCAUGAUGUUAUUUUAAGUUCAAUACAAUAAUCCAACAUUCCGCAAAUUGUGGGUCGCCAAAAUAUUGUAGCGAGUCAUGAAUUUGACAGAAAUAAUUUUAAAAAUGAGCUAGCUCCCUGAUUAUCAUUACUAUCGAUAUUCAUAUACAUGAAAAUAUAUGGUAUUUUUUAGAAUGUUCAGUGUUAUUGUCCACCGUAUAAAGCAAAGUUUUAUUAAUAAUUAAAAUUUAAUCACACUUAUUUUGGUAUUGGGUCGUCAGUCUAAAAGUUUGUGGAACGCUGUAGUAAUCUAUGAAUAACAAUGUGUAAACCAAUAAUACACACAUCCCCUCCACCACACAUCAAUAAAAAUUACAGAGCUUCUAAA